AUAAUUACAAUAAUAGAUAUGUAAGCCUUUAUAACCUUUUUAGCUGUGGGCAAUGUAUUUUUGUUAUUCUCCAAUGAUUCGAGCUGACAUGAUUUGUGUGCCGACAGGCUUAUUUGGCAUGCAUGCUAUUGACUCGUAGUAACAGGACUGCACACAGGGCCCUUGUCUCUUCAUUGUAAUUUCAGUGUUCCACUCCUUUAUUUCUGUUGUUGGAUACUAAGCAUUUUCUUCCCACCCUACGUUUUAAAGACAAAUUUAUGCCUACAUUUGAUCUGGCAUCAGGGCAGGCUGAAAGCUUUUUUUUUGUCAGUAGUUAUUCAGAUAAAGGUUUAGGUUCUGUGAAACAAAUCUACACCAUGUAAUUUGUACAGUUUAAAUUCCAGAUUAAAUACUUAAAUCUUUCAGGACACUUUGGCAAAUGUGCUGAAAGUGAAAAUUAAUGUAAAGUUGUGAAGUGCUUGUAAAUAGCUGAUGAAUUGACAUUGCCAAAGCAACAUUGAAAUCAUAUUCAAAUGUGUAUUUUACUGUAACGUAUGCAUAAAAAACUAAAUUUAGGCAGAGAUAAAUAUUUAUUUUCCAUUUGAUGGAGCGUUAUUGACUUAUAGAUGUCUGACCUUCAUAAUUUAAGAGCAUUUGGUCAAGAAUUUUAAGUGCUGUUUCCAGUAUAUAUACAUAUACAGUAUACAUACACAAUGAUUUUGAGAAGGGUAACUCAAGAAGGAAAAAUAUUUUUUUUAUAAUUGGAGCAGAGUGUUUUUUGUAUUGUGACAAACUCAUAAAUACAGUAAACAAUGAGCAGGGUUAAUACAGUGGGGGUAUGUCCUUACCUAAUGCUAGGACUGCUUGAACAUCAUGCUCUGUGCAGGAUCAGCAGUACUGGUUUGGGGACAGUAGCCCGUUGCUGGCUUGGAGUCCUUGCUGAUUUCUGGGGUGUGUGUUGACAGGGAACAGUCUAUUGCAGGUGCUCACUUUAAGUAUGUGCCCAGGCUGUAGCUCACUCUCUGCCUCUUCAUCUUUGUGUUAUCCAAGACGUGGUUGGAGAUGGUAAUCUUUCUCUUUAGAAAGUCUGGGACGUAUAUAUUCCCUCACAUUUUUUUUUCCUGCUCAGGUUGACUUAACCUGAGCGGCACAAAAAAGCUGUAGUGCAGGAUGUCCAGGGGUUCCCAUGUGAGAACUCGGCGAUCGACUGAAAAGACCAAAGGCAAGGCCCACCAGCAUAAUGGAAGAAGUCAACAGCAUUCUUCAGGCAGAGGAAGCUCAACUUGUAGAUCAGGAUGGAAGAGACAGGAGAGUUUCAGGUACUAAAAGCACUCAAGUCCCCUGUCCAGUUGUACUGAAGGAGGUGAGAUGUUCUUCAGAUGCCGCAGACGCAACUCUUCCAACAGUAACUGAGAAAGGAGCAGUACCCAGGGAUGAGAGAAUGAGUAAUAAGCUACAAAUCCAUCAAAAUUGACAUUGGUGAUUUAAACCAUGGAGCCAGGCCACAAAACACCAGAUGACCCACCAGAAAGCGUAGAAAAUGGAAAGAGGGAUGAGAAGAAAUGGGAUAUUUCUCAGCUACAGCCAUCGGCAUUUCCUACUAAUGUGCAAAGAAUGGAAUUUGGUUUAAAAGAUCUCUCAGUUGUACUUCCAGUGACGCAUAAUCUUCACCAGUAUGUUUCACAACAAAUUCGAGAGACACUUGCGAAACCAAAAAUGCAGACAGCAAGGAAGUCUUUCAAGAAGAAGCCUUUUAAAGAGAGCCAAGGGACAGAAAGCUCCGGUGCAUGCUAUCAGUUCAGGCAGAGCCCACAAGAUGGGGUAAAAAUUUCUGGGAAAAUACUCAGGUUCAGCUGUUCCGAAUGCAAGGGUGAAGCUGCAUUCAGUCCUAAUGACUUGUUGAAGCAUUUUCAGGUAGCUCACCAAGGAUGCCUACCAACAUAUCCUUGUGACAUGUGCAAUUUUACAGCUAAUGAUUUUCCUGUCCUUCAGCAGCAUCGGUUAGGCCAUCGGGAUACAUAUGUUAAGUGUGAAAUAUGUAAUGACAAUGUACAGUACAGCCUCCUACAGCUUACUAGACACUUCAGUUCAUAUCAUAGCUCAAAUGGCCAUUACCGUUGUGAAAAGUGCAAGUUCUCCACAAAAGAUGUGGGAACGUUUGUGCAACAUAUACAUCGACAUAGUGAGGUUCAGUACAAAUGUGGCAAAUGCCAACAUGUGAGUUACACAAAAGGGGAGUUUCAGAGACAUCUGCUGGUUCACACCGGCACAUUUCCUUUCCAAUGUCAAUUCUGUGACUACGGGGCAACGCGGAAGGAUUAUGUUUUAAAGCACAUGAAUGCUGUGCACAGCGAUGAGAUUGAAAGAAAAUGUAAAUUGAAGGACAAAGAAGAUGGUGCUAAAACCUUAGCGGAUGCAAAAUCUGGGUUAAAGCUUUUGUUGAAGAGGAAUACAGCUGGAGUUGCAAGGGACGCCCAGUGGAGGACUGCCGGAUUCCAUGCUUUGUCUGGAGGAGGUUUGCUGGAUGAAUAUGGAAGAUUGGCAAAUCCAGAAAAGACUUUGGAAGAGACCCAGCAGUUUUUAGAGAGAACUGUAGCCUCUGAGAAAGACUGUAUUCAGUGGGCUAAGGCUCGAAAGAGUGAACAGCAAUACUUGUCACCAUCAACACCUGCUGUAUUGAAGCCCAAGAUGGAAAGCUGUUUAGGUUCUAAUUCAGGAUUCCUAAAAACUGGUGGUAGUGGAUCCUCUGUGCUCAUGGUAAAAAAUAAAAUUUCUAUUCCUCCUAAUUGCACUACUAAAUUCAUGGGGUUCAAGAUGGUGGAUGGCAAAAGACAUUUGGUUCUCAAAGUAAUACCUGCUGCUAAGUUAGGUUCUUCUCCACAAACUGUUGCACCGUCUGUUGAAAAAGAUGCGAAAGGCCGUGGUCCAGAGAAAGGAAUGAAUGGUCCCAUCUGUGUUGAAGAUGUAGCAUUACAAUGUAGUAGCCUGCCAGUGUCCUCUCAUUCAUCUUUAUCACAGAGCACAUUACCUGCCUGCUCAGACUCUCAAUCAAGUAUUAACAAAGGCAGUUCUGUUGUUAAAGAAUUGCUUCAAGCUGAGAACCAGGAAAGCAGUAGCACGUCACACACAGUUGUUAAUGAUGGACAUCCAAUUAGUGAUGAUGAGCAAAAGCCCAGUUCCAGUGCUUCCCCAACAACAUGCAAAGUCUUCCACACUACAAGUCAGAAAGCACAAAUCGCACAUCCCUCCAAAGCAGAAAUGGAUCAGCAGAGCGAACACACUUCCUUGGUUGAAUUUGCUUCCAAUAAAACGAGCCCAGAAAUGGACAAAGAAAGUUUAAGCUCAAAAGAGACUCUGCUAGAGAGUAUUGUAGUGGACAAUGAAAAUAACUCCGACUUAAAUUCUUCACGUCAAGAAGUUUUUAGCUUUCAUAAUUACUCGAAGGACAGGGCUUCGAGUGAGUCCUCCGAUACUGUAAAAGAGAGUGGUGAUCAGGAAGCUUCACAGCUCAUGACAGAUGUGUGUGUGAAGGAUAGUUUUCAGAGUCAGUGCGCGAAGGAUUUGACUGGUACUAGCUUGACUUUAGCAGAUGUACUUUCACCCCACUCACAGGACUGUAAAGUAGAUGAGGAAAUGGGGGAGAUAAUUGCAGAUCAACUCUCCAGUCAGGGUGUGAUGGAAAAAGUCCCAGACAGUGAAAUUGAAGUUGAUGAAUGCAUUGCUACUGUUGAAGAGGAUUCUGCUGAGCCCUCUGAUGUUUUGGAGGAGCCCGAGGAUUCUCUUUUCAUGCCCAAAAUCACAUCGGUUUUUUCAUUGCAGAGUGAGGAAAACGGUCCUCAGCUGGAUGUUAAUCAGCUUCUUGAGAAAGUGCUGGAAACAGAAAAUAAAAAAGCAUCUAUCCUUUCCGCACAGGAAAAAAAGGAGUUAAAAGUUGCUGCAGGGGAGAGUACCGUUGGAAAUCCAUGCAGUGCCACUGCCUUGGGACGGAUACUUGAAGAGCAUUCUGAUGCAAUUAUAAGUCAGCAGCUGGAAAAAGAGAGGAUUUCCUCUGCUAAUCAAGAUCCUGUUAAGAAUUCUGCUGCAACUCUGAGGAUUCUUCAACCUAUUAAUGUCACAGAGGGUAAGAAGCAAGUUUUUCUUAAGCCUUGUCAAAAUGGGUUUGCUCUACCCAUUCAGGUUGGAAGCAAUCAAGGAUUUCAAUUAAUUACAGGGUCUUCACAUCCUCAAAUAAAUGUGUCGUACCUAAAUACUGGAAAGGAAAGACCUAAAAAACCACCGGGACUGACCUUUACUUUGAAUAAUGGCAGAAUAGGCACAACUGCACAGAUUGUAGGUGAUAAGAAGGUAAGUGGUGGUGCGGGAAAUGGGGAAGAAAGUGCAGUACUUUGCUGUGGCUCCAGCACAGGUCAUUAUAUUGUCAACAACAUGCCUCUGAAAGGAUCCCUGAUCUUAUCAAACUCAGUUCAGUCUCUUUCUGGAGAACGGACUUCAAAUUUGCCGACAUGUUUCUUAGUCCAGAGACAGCUGCCCAUGGUAACGAGCACUUCGUGCCAAAGUGGUGUUACUGUCAGUCAUAAUAUUCAAGGUCAACCACAACGCCCUGUUUUAGCUGUGCCGAUAAAUUCUCCAGAGAAACCUGCUGUUGUACAAGCUGGACGACAAGCGUUUUUACUGAAAUGUGUGACUCCAGUCAAACAAGGGACAUUGCUGAACAGUCAAAUUGAAGCAAAAGUUUUGAAUCAGAACUGUACAUCAAAUGAAAGUGGAGGUAACAAAGUUUUACUAAAGAUUGUUAGAAAUGCGUCUGGUAGCAGUUUUCCAUCCAGCACUGGUGAACUGAAUGGAAUACAAACACUUGCUAUGACAAACCAACCUGUAUACCUGACUACUGGUGCUUUACAGUCCUCUUGUAUUUCGAGGUCAUCAAACCAAUCAAUUGUGAAUGUCUCCACAGGCUAUAAGACAUCAGGACCUUCACAAGACUCCAGCAAUGAACCACUCACAGUUUCACAGUUGUUGAAUUGCUCAUCUCCUGCUGCUGUGCAAGGUAAAUCGAAGGAGAAGGAGUCUGGUGUUAACAGUCAUGGCAAAAUCAAGAGAGUGUGUCUGCCAUCACCAAAGCAGAACCACUUGGCCAUCAGAAAAAAAAGGCAAAGAGGGCUUUUACUUGAGGAGUCUUCGGGACCCUCACCAAAAGCUAAGAAACCACUCAGCAAAAAAUGGAAAGAAACAGAGAAAGGUCCAGCAGAUGCUCAUGAACUAUGUGCAACACCGGUGCCUAAGGACGUUGAGAGAACACUGAGGCUUUCACCUUUCAGUGCUACACAGCGUAUCAAAUGCCCACGAAGAAACCAACCUGUUGUAGUACUUAAUCACCCAGACGCAGAUGUGCCCGAAGUGGUUAAUGUCAUGAAAACAAUUAACAAGUUUAAAGGACAUGUACUAAAGGUAGCAUUAUCCCAAAGAACAAUUGAUGCCCUCUCCGAAUUGAACUGUGACCCUUUAAACGAAAAUCCUUCACUUAAUAUUCAUGCAACUCGUAGCCGGAGAGCUAAGCCAGUUAGCCCCGUGAAAGAGAGGUAUAUUCUGAAGCUGAGGUUGAAAAAGACGAGCAGGAAUAAAUAUAAGGUUGUGAAGUCUACCUCUGACAGCACUGAAAAACCAACGUUUAGCUGCUGGUUUUGUGGUCGAAUUUUUGACAACCAGGAAGAGUGGAUAGGCCAUGGGCAGAGGCAUCUGAUGGAAGCUACAAGAGAUUGGAAUAAGUUGUUCUAAACCUCCAAGUGCAGCAGCAGCGCCCGUGAAGACCUAGGCUGUUGUAUGUUUACUCAGUCCCGUCAUGUGCCUUUAAUCCAUUGGACUUUUUCCUGGAGGCACUGGAAGAGCCAUUGUGUAAACAAAAAUAUACAGUGUAUAUUUUGUUAUAAAGUUGAAAUUUCUUACCAGUUUCACAAAGAAAGUGUACGAUUUGUUAUACUUAAACAGUAACAUUUGUCUUGCUCCUGUAUAAUUUAUGGGGAAAUAUGGUUUUCCAAAAUGUCCUUUUUUUAAGAUCUCUUUAAAAGUGAGAUUUAACAGGUGUGUCUCGUUGGUGCAACUUUAAACCAAAUUUAUAGAGGUUUAACCUUUUUAUUUUUAUUUAAAUUAUUCAGUGGAAAUGUGAAUAAGCCAGGAUGUGCAUAUGGUCUUGUAUUUGUAUAUAGGUGAAGAAUAAUGCUACCCACAUGAACAUGAUUGAAGGGGUGCGUGUUCAUUUGACAAUACUUGAUAAUUGGUGAUCUUUACAUACACCAAUGCAGAGAUAACUCAGGUGAUUCCAGCUUAUUUGUAUAAAAAACAAAAGCAUUUAUGAACUGAAGUACAUACACAAUUUUCUGUAAUUUACAUAAAAAAUUACAAGCCGUCAGCAUUUUAUAACUUUUGUUUCAGGGAAAACUGAUAUUUUGUUAGGAAUUCUGCAUCAUGUUCAUUUACUUUUUUUUCAUUACUGUACAUUACAAACACGCAAGGUCAACCCGUGCAAAAAAUAUUUUUAUAUAUAUUUCUCUGUACCAAAAAUGCUCUGCUCUGUAAAUAUGUAAUUUGUUGGAAACAUUUACACUAGCUUUCUGGCAUAUUGUCAGGAGUCCAUUCUCAUUAUAAGAAGAUAGUUUCAUUUACGGGUAUCUAAAAUGUUGAUAUUUUCUCCUUAACCUCAUAUAGCAUAUGUCCUGUGUAUGUGUAAAAAUGUUCCUAUGGAAAGUAUUUGCAAAAACUGUUACAAUUGGUUUAUAUAGUGUACAUAUUUAGUCCCAGUUUAUUUCUUUCUGUAUUUCAGUUACAUUUUUUUUAACAGCCAUUCUUGGUUCUGCAGUGGUAGAGGCAGUUUCAGUACUUUAUCCAGUCACUAUUGGUGCUUCUUUCAAGCCUCUGAAAGCUCCACUAUCUCUCCCAAGACCACUAAAGACGUCAUUCAUACUGCUUCCUGAAAUGGACUUUUACUGAAAACUUUGAAACUGCCGCUAAGGAUGAAUUUGGCAGUGGUAGGACAUUAAAAUGGACAGCAGUAAAGAAAAGAUGAAACAAAGGUGCGUCUUAAAGAGCAUAGACAAGAGUUGUAUAAUUUGUAUUUUAAUCAAUAAAAUUUUAGUUUUAACGUGUGUAAUUAUGCAUCACAUUCAGUGUUGUGAUGAAAAACACCAAUAUUUUGACAAGACUUGAAAAAUCCAAGUAAAGCUGAGCUAAUUAUUAACAUGUAGCUAAUUGGUGGUCAGCAAAAAAUAAAGACAAAUAGCCCAGUGGGGCAAUGAGGGAUUUUUGGGGAAAAAACUAUUGUGCCUAGAUAAGUGCUCCUCACUUUCCCAUUACUGAGGAAUGGGGAUCUGUGUAAUUUGAAAACAUUUCUUGUGUAACACUGGGUUUUAUUUUUCUGACUAUUUUAAUGGCUGCAAGUAAUUCCCUAUACUAUUCAAAUAAUGAAAAAAGUAACAAAAAAUAAUGUAAUAGUUAACUCUUGUAUAUGUAUGCUGUAUCAUGAAUUAAUUUCAAAUAUUGUGUGUUGUGUACACCUGUAUUCAGUAAAUUAGAGGCUGGUGUGUCUAUGCAGGUGCUUAACAAGGAAUAUUGAUAUUAAUCUCCACACACUGGAUCCUGUAAAAUAAAAAAAAGGUAGAGGAUAUUUACAUGGCAUUAUUUGGAUAUAGUCCAUAGGACCACAGGUUUCUUUCCAGUCGAGUUCUGACAUGAUGCUGAAUGGAUGUGCAGGUUGCAUUGCUUUCACUCGGUGUCUCGGCAUUGACUGCCUCUUUUUUAACAAUGUGGACCCCAUCAUAAUCACUUCUGACUCCUUAUGCAGACCAGCACUGAAUCGCCAAGUACACUUUCUACUUCGCUUAUCUUACAAAUCUUAUUUUUGAUUCAGACUCUUACAAACCGGAGAAUUUUUCCAUUGUUAAUAGCUAUCUAAUGGGGCAGGGAGAAUAGUUCAAUAUAUUUUUGUACUCUUAAAAAGUGCCUGAAAUGUGUUGUUACAGGUUAACACUACAUUGUACUGUAAAACCCCAUGCUUUCUUGUUAUAUGUAGGAAGAUAUUUGUAAUAAAUGUAAAUACUUUGAAAAGUCA